AGAACAACCACAGAAGGUGUCUCAGUGUCUGGAUUUUUUUUUCCUCCCAAAAUCGUGACAGUGAAAAAUCUUCAAAUCAGCUGUUAUUUUUUUCGGGGUGUCUCUUGUUUUUUUUUCGGGGUCACAGAUCUGCGAGGUUAUGAGCCGUCCGGAGCCGCGUCGGUGCGUCGCUGUCCAGGGUCCUGAGUGAGACGGAGCCAGCGGGCGACCACGGAGCCUGACAUAACCCGUGAGUUGAAAAGCUCAGGAGCCAUGGAGCUGAGGGUGGGGAACAAGUACCGCCUCGGCAGGAAGAUAGGGAGCGGAUCCUUUGGAGAUAUUUACCUCGGUUCUAACAUCGCUACAGGAGAGGAAGUAGCCAUCAAACUGGAAUGUGUGAAAACCAAACAUCCACAGCUCCACAUCGAGAGCAAAUUUUACAAAAUGAUGCAGGGAGGAGUGGGAAUCCCGUCUAUCAAGUGGUGCGGAGCGGAGGGCGACUACAACGUUAUGGUGAUGGAGCUGCUGGGCCCCAGUCUGGAAGACCUGUUCAACUUCUGCUCCCGCAAGUUCAGCCUGAAAACGGUCCUGCUGCUGGCCGACCAGAUGAUCAGCAGGAUUGAAUACAUCCACUCCAAGAACUUCAUCCACAGAGACGUGAAACCCGACAACUUCCUGAUGGGACUCGGCAAGAAGGGCAACCUGGUCUACAUCAUCGACUUCGGCCUGGCCAAGAAAUACCGGGACGCCCGAACGCACCAGCAUAUCCCAUACCGCGAGAAUAAGAACCUCACCGGCACCGCCCGCUAUGCCUCCAUCAACACCCAUCUGGGCAUCGAGCAGUCGAGGCGAGACGACCUGGAGUCUCUGGGCUACGUUCUCAUGUACUUCAACCUGGGCUCUCUGCCAUGGCAGGGGCUUAAGGCCGCCACCAAGAGGCAGAAGUAUGAACGCAUCAGUGAGAAAAAAAUGUCCACCCCCAUCGAGGUUCUCUGCAAGGGAUACCCCUCUGAGUUCUCCACCUACCUGAACCUGUGUCGCUCCCUGCGGUUCGACGACAAGCCUGACUACUCCUAUCUGAGGCAGCUUUUCAGGAACCUUUUCCACCGACAGGGCUUCUCCUACGACUACGUGUUCGACUGGAACAUGCUGAAGUUUGGGGCCAGCAGGACCACAGAGGAUAGUGAAAGGGAGAGGAGGGAGGGGAAAGAGGGCGAGGAGCGAGCAGGAGGAGGCCAAAGAGGAGCUGGAGGUCGAGCUCUGCCGCCUGGUCCGAACCCUUCAGCCGCCAACAGAGUGAGGAACGAGGCGGAUGCCACUCCCUCGAAUCCGGCCACACGUGGGGUCCAGCAGUCAGGUAACCGUUCUCCUCAGGCGGGGAGAGCAGAGCGAGCCGAGCGAGAGAGGAAGGUGGCCAUGAGGCUUCAUCGCGGGGCCCCCGCCAACAUCUCCUCAUCCGACCUCACUGCACGCCUCGACCAAUCACGCAUCACUGCAUCACAGGUCAGUGUGCCAUUUGAACAUCUGGCAAAGUGAGUUCCUCUCCUGGCUGGUCUGCAGGUCAGUGGCAGCAGCUGCAGGGUAUCAAAUACCCCUUACUUUACAAAUGGAUGAAUGAAAACAUGAAUGAGUGGAGGAGAACAAGAGGAGCAGGAGGAGGCGCUGCAGGCCCUUAAUGGGGGGAUCGAGGCCAUCCGUGUGUGUGUCAGUAUGCUGUGUGAACAGUGGUGACCCGGAAGAGCCGAGGGGAACACUGAGGCGAUACAACCAGCGGGACAAACAAACAAACAAACAAACAAACUCUGGGCUGCUUUUCAGGAUGUGGCCACGAGGGGGUAAAACAACACACAGGUCCCGCCCCUUCUUCACUCAUAUUCACCUGUCCAUCGACUCAGAGGCUCAACUUGCAAAAAAAAAACAAAACAAAAAAAGAGUGCACAAAAUGGACUAAAUUUAAAGUUAUUCUGUGGUUUACACCUGUGAUAAAACAUUUUAAAAAAUCCUGCUAAUGUUUAAAAGCUACAUUCGCUGCUUUAUGGUGUUCUUGAUUAUAAGUGAAUAUGUAAACAACUACAGAGAUGAACACAAAACAAAUUCAGGCCAAUAACAGAUGUUUGGAGACGGAUCAAGAGAGGAUCGGAGGUAGAGAGUGAAUGUGAGAGAGUCUGCUGUGAGCUGGUGGAUGGGAGAGAGGCUGCUUUUUGUCGAUAAGUGUCCGUGUCUGUCUGUGUUACUGUCUCAAGUGUAUGUUUUGCUUUAGAUUUGUUUUAGAGGGACAGAGGAGGGACAGGUGGGAGAUUAUAACAGAAGUAUUGUCCCUCUUCUUCAGCGCACAACAGUUAAAAAAAGAGGUGGAAUACCGCUUAAAGGAGAGGACAGGAUAAACGGGAGAGCAGUGGGGAUUGUACGAUAUGACAAAGCCUUAGUCCAGCUUGUUACUCCAGGUAUGAAAAGACUUGAGAAAGUUAUAAGAUCUUGGUGGUAAGCAAGUCUGGUGUUUUUGGUUUUUUUUUUUACUUUUGCUUUUUUUGUUUUAUAAUGUAAAAUGUGUAGAUAACUUUUGCCAGAAUGUGACAGAUUGUUUAAAGAUGGAGCUGGAGAGAAGUUUACAUCCUGACAGCCCUGUUUGGGAGGAGUGUAAAACAACCUUUAGAGUCCGCCAGAAGUGUGUGUUUUGGUUUCCGCUGUGGCAGACAAUGACGGAGAGGUCCUUGUUGAUAUUUGGAGGAGUGUUUUUGAGACAGGCCUGUCAGGAUGGACGGAUGUCACCGGUGGGAACGAGCUGUCUGAUGUCCUGUACAUUUCUUUACCAUGCUUCGACUUUAUUACUAUGAUAUUUGUGUAUAUUUUCUGAAUCAAUAAA